CCUUAGUUUACGCCCCUACGGUAGAUGGCGAUGACGAAUCACUACAUCCGCCAUUAUUCUGGAGUCCAUAGUCGGUAAACAAACCAAGAGUGUCGAGACUUUUAAGGAUCCUAACAGGCACAAUGGCGGCGGGCCCUUACAAUUACAGUUAUAUCUUCAAGUACAUCAUCAUAGGUGAUAUGGGCGUGGGGAAAUCCUGUCUGUUGCACCAGUUUACGGAGAAGAAAUUCAUGGCAGACUGCCCCCACACUAUAGGAGUGGAGUUCGGAACUAGAAUCAUUGAAGUGGCUUCCCAGAAGAUCAAGCUUCAGAUUUGGGACACAGCCGGCCAGGAGCGCUUCCGAGCGGUGACGCGGAGCUACUACCGCGGUGCCGCCGGCGCCCUCAUGGUCUACGACAUUACGAGAAGAAGCACGUACAAUCAUCUGAGCAGCUGGCUGACUGAUGCCCGGAACCUGACGAACCCUAAUACAGUGAUAUUCCUCAUCGGCAACAAAUGUGAUUUGGAUGCACAGAGAGACGUGACCUACGAGGAGGCCAAGCAGUUUGCGGAAGAGAACGGUUUGAUGUUUUUGGAAUGCAGUGCGAAAACAGGGGAGAACGUGGAAGACGCCUUUCUGGACACGGCCAAGAAAAUCUACCAGAACAUCCAGGACGGCAGCUUGGACUUGAACGCGGCUGAGUCUGGAGUCCAGCAUAAACCGGCCACCCCUCGCAACCCCAUCACUACAGACCAACCCCCCAAUAAAGAGAACUGUUCUUGCUAGAUAGGGAGGUCAUGCUUGAGUCAUCCAUCGUCGUCAUCCCCCCAGAGUUGUCUGUCCGUGUGUCUUCAUCCGUCGCCGUCUUCGUUCGUGGUCGUUGUCGUCAAGGUCAAACAUCUUCCUCACCGUUGUCAUCCCGAUGCGCAAUUGAAAGUGAAUCCGUGUGUCACUGUCUGAUCAGGUUACUCUACUCACCUCAGCAUCAUAUUUGUUUUGGUUAUUAUUUGUCCGUUCCUUUUGGUUUGCUUGCGAGGAUGUAGAAUAUUUCUGGAGAAAAGGAACUUGGCGUGUGUCGUGUUUUGAGAGCGAAAGUUUUUGUUUUUGUUUUUUUUCUUUCCAUGUCCAACAUGUUGUAUUUAGUUUUUACACGGGGGUCUGGGGGAUAAAUGGCCUCCUAGCUCACACUCAAACUCACACCCACACUCACACUCACAUCCCUCGACUUAAAUCAGGCCCCGUGCAGCCGGUGGACAAGCUGUCCUUUGUGGUCUUAGAUAAGAUAAGAUAAGAUAAGAUACAUCUUUUUUGUCCAGAUCAUGGCACAUUGGUUUGUUUCUGUAUAGAUUCCGAACUUGUGUGUUAGAAUGACCACAGAAACAGUAUCGGUGAACGCAAGAGUUGAUUUUGAGACUGGUGGGAUUCUUUAGAGUCUUAAGUGAAUUCCCCAAUUUACCUGAUGGCUUCAUCGGAAAACUUAUGCUGUUGCGAGCGCCGUAAAACCUUACUAAAACUAAACUUCAUUGGAAAGUACAAGGAGAUCUGUCAGU